AUGGCUCUAAGCACAGGACAGCUAGUAUGGAACGGCCAGUCGCACAAGACAUGGGCCCUUCAUGACACAGGUCUCCCAUGGCAGGCCUACGUCAAGGCCAUUCGCAAAGGUGAUAUCUGGCCUGGCAUAUUGGAAAUCCAAAUCCUUGCUAGGCUGCUUAAGGUCAUCCUUGAAGUGUAUGUCAAAGAGGGCACCACGUACAAACGCAUUGCCAAAUUGCAUCCAGAAGACAAUACAAACUGCCCAGUAUGGCGUCUUGAUUAUCAGGAUGGGAAGCACUUUGAACCUCUUGUCCCCGUAAUCCCCAACCCCAUAGCGCCCACUGCAGUCGCUGCUGGCACUGCGGACGAUAACCAUACACCGCCCAUCCAAGCAUCCCACGCCACCCCCGCCGAGGAGGAGCCUGCUUGUACACCAACUUCUCACACUGUCCUCCUGGCCAAUGUCAGCUUUCUUCGGAAGCACGGUGAUGAACUGUACGCGGUUGCGUCAGCGUACGGGGCUGACACUAUCAUGGUCACGGAGACCCGGCUUGCUCAAGACACCAAACUGGUCAAGCAUAAAGCCCGGGACAAGGGUUACCACAUUUGUUGUAGUCAGCCCAGGCCGCCCAAGGCAUCCGGAGGUGGACCUAAUGACGGCGGUGUGGCUAUCCUCAACAGAACUGCGGCGCCGGAUGUUGUGGCCACACAAUGCCCGGUAGCAACUCUAUCUGCGGAUGAUGCACUGCAUUCGGUUAUCCCCAUAGACAAUAACUUUUCGGUUCACGUGAUUGUAGCCUACUGCCCCAAACCGUGCGAAACACUACGAGAAUCCUUGUUCCGGUAUGCUGCCUCACUGGGAGAUGUGCCCAUCAUCAUCGGUGCUGACUGGAACGUUGAAGCAUCUGAGUCGCGAGCGGUAGCAGAAGCCAUCAGCACAGGUUACUGGGUUGACGCCGCUGUACUUCUAGCCAAUAAUGGCGACCCUACAGCCACUGACGUUGCCCAAGCACCUACCACGCACCGCGCAGGAACCCAAGGCCGCCGUGUGGAUUAUUUCCUCGCAAAUGCGGCUGCGCAGCCCAUUGUUUCUGAAGUCUUCAUUGUCAAAGACUUACCUCUGAUUAAUCACUUUGCCGUAGGCCUGCGCCUAAACGACCAAACCGAGUCCGUCCAACAGUCGUGGAGUGCUAUCUUCAACAAUGAGCAGCAGCAUUGGACAAAUGCACGCCUUCAGGGUGAUGUGGAUAACAUGUGGGCCAUCUGGACCCGCACUGCUGAAAACGCACUCAGCAAU